GCCCAGCAAAACCAAGUACAACCUUGUGGACGAUGGGCACGACCUACGGAUCCCUUUGCACAACGAGGACGCCUUCCAGCACGGCAUCUCUUUUGAGGCCAAGUACGUGGGAAGCCUGGAUGUGCCCAGACCCAACAGCAGGGUUGAGAUCGUGGCUGCCAUGCGCAGAAUCCGGUAUGAGUUUAAAGCCAAGAACAUCAAGAAGAAGAAAGUCAGCAUCAUGGUUUCUGUGGAUGGUGUCAAAGUGAUUUUGAAGAAGAAGAAAAAGCUUCUUUUAUUGCAGAAAAAGGAGUGGACGUGGGAUGAGAGCAAGAUGCUGGUGAUGCAGGACCCUAUCUACAGAAUCUUCUACGUCUCUCAUGACUCCCAAGACUUGAAAAUCUUCAGCUAUAUCGCUCGAGAUGGAGCCAGCAAUAUCUUCAGAUGUAACGUCUUUAAGUCCAAGAAGAAGAGUCAAGCUAUGAGAAUCGUACGGACAGUUGGACAGGCCUUCGAGGUCUGCCACAAGCUGAGUCUACAGCACACACAGCAGAAUGCAGACGGCCAGGAAGAUGGGGAGAGCGAGAGAAACAGCGAUGGCUCAGGAGACCCAGGCCGCCAGCUCACGGGAGCUGAGAGGGUCUCCACAGCCACUGCAGAGGAGACCGACAUUGAUGCUGUGGAGGUUCCGCUCCCUGGGAAUGACAUUCUAGAAUUCAGCCGAGGUGUGACUGAUCUGGACGCUGUAGGGAAAGACGAAGGCUCUCAAAUAGACUCGACGGUCCCACCCCAUCCUCAGGAGCCCAUGCUGACUGCCUCCCCUCGCAUGCUACUCCCUUCUUCCUCGAAGCCACCAGGCUUGGGCACAGGGACGCCCCUGUCCACUCACCACCAGAUGCAGCUCCUCCAGCAGCUCCUCCAGCAGCAGCAGCAGCAGACACAAGUGGCUGUGGCCCAGGUUCACUUGCUGAAGGAUCAGUUGGCUGCUGAGGCUGCGGCACGGCUGGAGGCCCAGGCACGAGUGCACCAGCUCCUGCUGCAGAACAAAGACAUGCUCCAACACAUCUCUCUGCUGGUCAAGCAGGUGCAGGAGCUGGAGCUGAAGCUGUCAGGACAGAACACCAUGGGCUCCCAGGACAGCUUGUUGGAGAUCACCUUCCGUUCAGGUGCCCUGCCUGUGCUCUGUGAAUCCACCACCCCUAAGCCAGAGGACCUUCACUCACCACUGCUGGGGGCUGGCUUGGCUGACUUUGCCAACUCAGCAGGCAGCCCCUUAGUUGACCACAGCAUGUUUGAGAAUUUGAACACAACCCUUACUCCAAAGCUCCAGUCCAGCCAUUCCUUCCCCCACCUGUCCAGACCUGGGGCCCCAGGCUCCAUCACCCCUGUCUCUGGAGAGCCAGGAGGACCUGGACUGAGGGUGGGCAGCAGCCAGCACCUUAGGAAUCUAGGCAAAGCUGUGGGGGCCAAGGUCAAUGACCUUCUGCGAAGAAAGGAGUCUUCAAGCCUGGGCAGUGUGGGUGUGAUGGAGAUUAAUAAGACGGCCGGUGCCCAGCUGCCUGGUGGGGAGGAUGCAGCCUGUGGACCCUGGCUGCAGGAUGAAAGGUCAGUCCAAGAAGCCUUUCCUCUGCUGGAUCCCCCACCUCCCAUAACCCGGAAGCGAACCCCUCGGGCCCUGAAGACCACCCAGGACAUGCUGAUUUCAUCACAGCCCGUCCUAAGCAAUCUAGAAUAUGGGACGGAAUUGUCACCUGGACAGGCCCAAGACUCUCCACCCACUGCUCAGCCUGUCUCUGCAGACACUUCACGGCCAGAGUCUACCAUUGAAAUGGGAGAGAAGGGAGAGGUUCUACCCAAUGGUGAGGUGUCCCUGUUGGUACCUGACCUAAUACACAAGAAUACCCAGGAGGAAUCCAAGCUAAAGCUAACUGAGGGCAGGAAAUCCUCCUCCCCUGGCCUCAUUGAGAGAAACGGCCUCACACUCAGCUUGAGCCCCAUCAGCCUGGCUGAGUCCUGGGAGAACAGCAGCCCACCUCCACAGGCACGGACUUCCAGCCUUGACAAUGAGGGCCUUCAUCCAGACCUGCUGUCCUUUGAGUAGCAUCUCUUGUCUUCUGUGCUGAACACCCUUUUCACUUUGUCGUCCACUACACACAGGUCUAUUGUCCGAGCUUUGCCAUGCCCUCAUCUUCCUUAUUGAAGGCACAGCAGAGCCCAUUGGAGGUGUUGUGAAACCAGAUGGCCACACGUUGUCUCAGUUAAGGAGUCUGCAGAACAGCAAAGGGAUUCAGUGGCAUCUCAUCCUGAUCCUCUGCAAGCUCCUCUGCUGGCCGCUGGCUGCAGCUUUAGCUGCUGAAACUCAUCCUCCUCCAGGCUUGUCUCAGCUUCCUACUCACAGGGCCACCAACCCAGGAGGAUGGAUCUAGCAGGAAUUCUCUUUGCUUGUCUUCUCAGACUCAUAUGCUGUCUGUCCUUUGACCUUCCCUCCACCCCCAAAUCCCCGAUCCUGUCCCUUUCUUCCAUAGUGGUCCAGGGACUCCCUUCCUUGAAGGUUGUACAGCUAGAGGAGAAUGGUAGGUUUGGGCUUGAUGAUGGGACCUGGCCUGGAAAGCUUCAUCCUGAUCACAAUCUCACCAUAGUCCCUUCAGCCUCAGGGCAGUGUGGACCCCUAGCCACCAUCUUUCCUCUGCUUCUGGCUCGGCAUCAGAGGAGGUGCUUCCAAGGCUUAAGACCUUGAGAGUUUCCUCAAAGGUUGAGCCUUGUCAUCCAGGGUUCCCAGGGUUUUCUCAUCCAGUUACGUGUGGAUAUCUGGAUAGGCAUGUGGGAAGGAUGGUAUGGGCAGCCUUGCUGGGGUUCCUUGCUAUGUGAAUGUGAAGCUAGGGGUAGGCAGGCCCCUGCAGAAGCAGCAGAGAGCAUUGCGAUGUUUGGAAAGGAGAGUGUGGGAACACGAAAUGGUCCUGUAAGAGCAGAGAUCACAGGGAAGAGAACAGUGAGGACUGAGAAGGGCAUUGCCGAGAAUCAGAGCAGCUUUUCAGGCCACUCCACACCUAGAAUGAGGCAGUGCCUGGAUCUGGGAACAGUAUGUGUGAGAGCCGGGGUGGAGUAUGUGAGAGGCUGGAACGUCGUGAGGACCGUGGAGGCAAAGCAGCUGUCUGUAGUGAAAGUACUUCUUUGUGUUUGUGCUCAAGUUGCAUGAAUUCCUGCAGCACCAGAGAUACCUCGAGCCGGUCUUUUUAUUCAGGUAAUGAUAAUCUUCCUCUGCUUCUGCCAGGAUCUAUGUAAGGACCCAACAAGACUUCUCAAUCGUUCACUGGUUCCUGCCUUCCCAGUUAACUUGCUUUGUAUCCCUCUCUCCCUUUAGGGGCCCUAUCAUGCUGUCUUCCUGUGGCCAGGAGACUCUGUAGUGAUCCCAGCCACAAGGGCCUUUGUAGCCAGAAGAGGAAUCCCUAUUCUUGAACAAGGAGACCAGAGCCCCACCCCCAAGGAGGCUGGGAAUGGCGCACCCAGCCAGGGCAGAUCAUGUACCAGUUCUCUUGUCCUACUUCCUGUGCUCUUCCCUUUUCUGAUUGCUUGGCUUCCCAUCUGUGAUAUUGAGGCAUACACGUCUCACUUCCCAGUUCAACCUCACCGGUGUGCUGCCCUACUCCCAACCAGCAGACAUCUGAGCUAACUCCAGCAGCUGGAUCCCUAGGAUGGAGGUUUCUUUCUCAAACACCUGCUUAAGCAGCUGCAUGGCUUCAGCCAUCUCUCUACCCUCUGACCCUUUUCUCUCACCCCAUCUUCCAUUGCCACAGAAAGUAAGGCUUCAUCCUAUUGUCCCUGCAAGCUCCCGUCUCUUCCUCUCAGACGAGAAUUCAUGCAGCCAGGCAUCUGAAGGAUCUGUUAGAGUAUACAGGACUGUUAGUACAUAUGUAGCACACGUGCCUUGCUCCAAGAACACCCCAGGGAUGUGAGAUUUGACCUUGAAGUCAGAGAAGUCCUUAGAACUAGCAUUUGAGGACCUAUGGAUUUUCCUACAAUGAUGUGGGAUAUUACUCAAAAUGGAGAGUUCAGCUGUGGGGUCUAAAGUCUAAGCAUUCAUCAGAGAACAAGUCGGUUGUAAUCUGAACUCUCCGUAUCAAAAUCUUGCUUUGCUUCUCUGAUAGGAAGCUUAGCAGGUAGCUGCUCUCUGGAGCUUCUCCUCCCUAGAGACUAGGUAAUAUGGUUCCCUAAUAUGGUUGCAUGAGGCUUGGCUUGCUUAAGCACCCAGGAUACUGCUAGAGCCCUGGCCCUCAGGGCCCUACCAUUGUCCCAAGAAUCCUAAAUAGGGAUCUUCUGAGUACUUCAGACUUAAUACUUAAUGUUAGAUUUAGGUGCCAUGGAUGCCUGCAUCAACUGCUAGCACCUUGGCCCUCUCCCUGCUACAGGUGUGAUGCUGCUACCUCAGGAGACCCUCUGAGACUGAGCCUUGGUUUUGAUGCUGCAGACAUUGCCUGGUGCUAAGGGGCUAAGUGUUUCCCAGCAGCAACAAAUCCUCCUGAGGGCUUCCACUCACAUCAGCUCUUCCAGCUAUUGACCUCAUCAGGCUCACUGACCAUCUCAGCACUGUGGACUUCAGCACGGCAGCCUUCACAGUGAAUCCAGAUCUCCUAGGGGAUGUCCUCUAGGGGUUUGGUCUUUGGGUAGUUUGAUCUGCAUGGCCCAGGAGCAGGCUAACGGGGAGGAACAAAGGGUCUAACUUCAAUGUCUGUUUAAAGAAGCUGGGGUCUUGGAGCCUUUUUCUCUCCUCUUCCUUCCAGCUCCAUUCUAUAACCCUAUUCAUCCCAUAGCUUUACCUCGAUAGAUGACAACGUGGGCUUCCAGAAACAUGGAAAGAUGAUGUCCCCUCCCUAGUCCCAGCCCACACUUCUCUCUAGAAAUGUAUCUGUGAAUGUUCUGGGAGACAUGACGAUGUGUGUUUUAAUCCAUCAUCUUUUAAAGAACAAAUUUGGCCCCUGUUGGAAAGAACAAGAUUAUAGUUCUAUUCUGAGUAUUUUUUAGAGAGUUCAUAUUUAUAUUUUUAGAGAUGUUUUUCUUGUAGAAGGAAAUUGCAUAAUAAAAUGAUAACUGUGUC